UAGUUUAUUAGUUAUGUUUAUGGGUUCAAUUGCCUGAUUUAGUUGCAUGUUUAUCGAGUUGUAUAGAAGCACGUAGAAAUGAAAAAUCCCGAGUCUUAAAAACCAUCAUAUUUUAAAAGGAGAAAAAUAAUUAUAUAUAUCUAUAGAAUCCAUUAAGUCUAACCACCAUCUAAGUCAAUAUCCACCGUUGGAUCAUGCUAAGAUAAACAGCCGUUUAAAUUAGCAAAAAUAACCGCUCUAAUGGAGGUUAUUUGCAGUUUUCUGCUGGUGGUUUUGCUCCAGAAAUUUAGGCCCAUGAUAUCCACUCCUCUUGCAAGUUUUCUCCUUGUUUUUAGACCCAUUAUCUCUAAACCAACUACUUCAAUCUUCCUAGAAAUCUGGGUCGGUUGAGGUGAUCUUAUGCUAUAAAAUGCACCUGCAUGUGACAAGUUCAAACAUAUUCGAUCAAGCAUUCAACAAACAAAUGAAGCCAAGUAUAGCUUUCACUAAAUUUAGCGAACAAGAGUGUUCUACCAAUGAAAAUCAACUUCCAUCAGCAACUUUAUCGGGCACUUUAGCAAAGGAAAUCAACUUCAACAGUUUGACUGAUGCGGAUCAGAAUCCGUUCAUAAAAAGUGGAUCAGAAUGUUAUCAGGAAAUGGAACUUACCAGUUUGGAUGAUGAGCAGCAGAAAACGUUGGUACAAAAUGGACCUGCAUGUAAUCAGGAAAUGGAACUUACCAAUUUGGAUGUUGAGGAGCAGAAAACAAUGUAAAAACAUGGACCAGCAUGUGAUGAGGUUCGCAAGGUUGAAAGAAGCAACAAGAGGUCUAAAGCAUUAAGGAACUGGAAAUGGGACGAGGUGAUUGAGAUCGUUAGUUCUAACGAUGAUUGGGAAGAGGAUAUUGUAUGUGUGAUAAAAAGAAGCAAGUUUGCGUCUCUACACCGUGGCAAACGAGUUGUUCUGGACUGCGAA